GUAGCGCGGUGCUGUCAGUGAAUGCAGCAGGCGGUGAAGGUUAACACAGUAGACGUCCAGAAAGUAACAGUUUGUAUACUUUUCAUACUUCCUGUCAGUAAGUUGGGAUGCAAACAGUUGGGAAACUCAUGAAGGUCUUCGUGACGAGGCGCAUCCCGCAGGAGGGGAUGAAGAUCCUGUCAGCAGCUGGAGUGUGUGAGGUGUGUCUGUGGGACUCAGACGAGCCUGUGCCCAGGUCAGAGCUGCUUAAAGGUGUGCAGGGUGCUCACGGUCUCCUGUGUCUGCUGUCAGACAAGAUCGAUGUGGAGGUCCUGGAUGCUGCAGGGCCAAACCUGAAAGUAAUCAGCACCCUGUCUGUGGGAUUUGACCACAUGGCUCUUGAUGAAAUUAAAAAACGUGGUAUACGUGUCGGAUACACCCCAGAUGUGCUGACUGAUGCCACAGCAGAACUGACAGUGGCUCUCCUGCUGGCUACUGCUCGCAGGUUACCUGAAGGAGUGGAGGAGGUCAAGAAUGGUGGCUGGAGCUCCUGGAAACCACUCUGGCUGUGUGGUUACGGCCUCUCUGGCAGCACAGUGGGAGUCAUUGGACUGGGACGCAUUGGCAUGGCCAUCGCUCGCAGACUCAUGCCCUUUGGAGUGAAGAGGCUGCUGUACGCUGGGAGAACAGUCAAGCCAGAUGCUGCUGAGCUGAAUGGAGAGUUUGUUCCCCUGGACACACUUGUGUCUGAGAGCGACUUCAUAGUUGUUUCCUGCUCUCUGACACCAGAAACUCAGGGAAUGUGUGACAAGGCCUUUUUCAGCAAGAUGAAAAACACCGGAGUCUUCGUCAACUCGAGCAGGGGGGCUGUGGUGAACCAGGAGGAUCUGUACGAGGCUUUGAAGAGCGGGCAGUUAGCUGCAGCUGGACUGGAUGUCACAACACCUGAGCCACUCCCAACAAACCACCCCCUUCUCACUCUCAAAAACUGUGUGGUGUUGCCACACAUCGGCAGUGCCACCUACUCCACAAGAGGCAUCAUGUCUGCCUUGACGGCCAGAAACCUGCUGGGCGGUUUACAGGGAACAGACAUGCCCAGUGAACUCACCUUCUAGAUCCUGAAACGAGCCGCUGUGCCUUCUGCCUGCUCUGGUGCUAACUGGAUAACGGAUCAUCUCCAAUGUGAAAUUAGAUGAGUGAUGGGAAAUAAACAUAAGACUACAAACAAAACUGAGAAUACUAACAUAAUUGAGACAUGCUCAGAUAGUGUUGACAUCAUAUCAUUUUAAACUUGAUGUUUUCUUUGACUCUGAUAUAGACUAUUAGUUGCAUUUAUGAGUGCAAGAUUUUGCAAUUUCAGGUUUUUAUCACGUAAUGUCAAGUUCAUAAAAAGAAGAAGCUAACGACACUCCUUAAAAUUAUUACACAUAAAAAACACACCCUACUUAUUCAGACAGUGACAUUUCUUGGUCAGCACUUUACACAAAUGCUAACACUCAUCACUCCAGUUUUGUAUGAAAUGAAAUAAAACUUGAUUUAGUUUAAAUGCAAACUUCUGUGUAUGUUGUAGAAAUUGCUCUAAAAUAAAUGGACAUAUAUGCAAAAAUAUAAAGUGGCAUCAUUUAUUCUCAUCACACUUAAAGAAGCAGUGACAUAAACCAAGUUAUUGUGAAAAUUAUCAGUGCAUUUACUUCUGUUCAAUUUCAUGGAAAGCAAACAACAGCAUGAUUGA